AUGGAGAAAGAGCUGGGUGGAUAUAAAAAAAACACGAAAUUAAGACAAUCAAGACAUUCUGACCAAAAGAAAUAUAUGACUGGCACUGGAGGUAGUCCAUCAUCUUAUCUUCUACUUGAUGAUCUUCCCGGAUCGAAGAAAAGUGGCAUUAGUGGUAUUAGUGGUUUAUUGCCACUAAUUAGUGGCAUUAAAAAUAUUUUGGAGACAGAGGCCGUAUUUAAUUUUGAGAGUGAUGACAUCUUUGAAAAUACUGAUGAUGUAAACCUCGAUAUAAACCAUCAAUCAAACACUACAGAUUGUAUCUUGGAAGAAAAUAUCCCAGAGUUCAAGUCUAUUACCAGGAGUUAUGCGAGUGAAUAUUCUAACACGUCUACUUCUGUUAAAAGCAACAAUGGUCAUGAUUAUAGCCUUACAGAAAAUCCCAAGCCACAAUCACCUUCAAUGAAGUUUGGAGUUGACGCGGAAAAGACAAAAACUUCAAAGGUGAGUUUUAGCUGCCAAAAAAGGACUAAAAUUGGCAGGCUGUAGUAUACAUUAAGAAAUAUUGAUAGAUUAUUGAAAUUAACUGAAGAAAACAAUAAUUCUGAAAAAGAAUACAAACAAAGAAAACAGUUGCUGUUGGAAAAUUAUUCAUUACAGAAAAGUAGGUACUAUGAUCGAAAAGCUCUGGCACUUGAAACCAUUGCGAAUGCUCACAAUCAAAUUGCAAUAGACAUUCAAGUUAUUAAAAAUGCGAUAACACAAAAUCAAAAGCAAUAAAAAUAGUUUGUUAUUAAGACUGUUGUAGAAUUGUUUUGUUUUUUUGUUUGGUUUAUUCACAAGGAUCCAGCACUGUUUACCAUUACAAUUAGACAUAUUUUACCAUUACCCAAUUACCCAGUGCCGGGUCCUAAAGUUUAUUAUUUAGUUUUUAGUCUUAACUUUUUCAUGUUUAGA